CAUGUGACAACAAAAUGGUUGACUUGCAGAGAACUUUGUGCUUUGAUGAGGAUAUUUUACCAUGCUUGUUAAAGGAAAGGGAAAUAUAUAGUGGGCAAAAGGCAGAACAGGAAAAUGGUAUUGUUAUGACAGGUUAUUUCUCACGCUGUAGCUUUCUAUUCAUCUGAUUCUUGUGUGUUUUAGGUCGAGGUAAACCAGAAACUCAUAAGGGGUUUUCAACCCCUUAUGAGUUUCUGGUUAAACCUAAUUAUAAUUAUCUACAUCUACAUCUACAUAAAAUUUAAAAUCCUACAAAGGGGGGUACCCACCUCUACAAGACAUAUAUUUGAUAAAAUUCAAAAAAUAAAUAAAUAAAUAAAUUGGAAAUUGAAAAAAACAAAUGUGGCAAAUUUCACUUGCUAGUUAAAAACUUCAAUUACUCUAAUCUAAUCUAAGUGCUUUCUGAAACAAUGGGUUUUUUUCUAUAAUAACAACAUUGCUAGGCAAUGAAUUCCAUUCCUUUCUUGUCCUGCAAUAAAAAGAGUUUCUGCAGGCCUCAUGAUCUCUUGCAAAGAAAUUUCAUCAGCAAAAGGUUUCAAUACGCUAAAGCUUAUAUUAAUUGUAAACAAUUAUUGUUCCCUUUAUUUUUUUUUCUGGGCUUUAGAUGCAGCUACGUUGAAAAAGAGGCUCCAGAUUCGCAUUGUUGGACAGGAGAGAGAUAACGCAUUAAUUGUAUCUUGGAAUGAUACAAGUCCUGGUGGUUCUGUAAGUAUUGAAAUAAUUCUUUAGUUCAAAUGGUCGAGAUAGCAGCUAGUCUCCCUCGCAGCCGUUUUUUGGAGCAGAACUGCAGAAAUUUUUAAAAACAGUGUGACUUUUAUAACCAUCACACUGACGAUGGCGGAUGUACCGUCGAAACAUGUUUGUUGAAAUUAAAAAGUCGCACCAUUUUUAAAGAUUCUUCAGUCAUAUUCACACGCAGAUCCAUACCGGUUUCCACAGUUUUACGAAAAUCGGUCCGAUAUUUUAUAAAUAUUUUGAUAAAAAUAAAACUUCCAAGUUGAAAUCUGGCCCUGCAAAUAUCCCGUAUGGGCAUGAAUUACUCAGAAACCCAGGAAAGGGGACAUCCUCCUUCCCAGGGUUCUUUCUUACCCGUCCCUGCAAAGGGCCAGAGGGAGAGACCCAGGAUGGGUCUGGUCAUGUGGUUCCAGAACAAAAUUAAUUCUGAGGGAGGAGUUCUUUGCCUCACAAUAAAUAUUUUGUGUCUCGUUCAUGCAAUGAUCCUAAGGGUCCACAAGAGGAAGAUAGAUUUGCUAACCCUAUAACUAACAUAGGCACGUUAAACGUGCAUGAGCUAUUUUGAAUGCUUCAGUGUAACUUUAAUGCUUUGGUGUAACCUUACCAAGAGUGAUGAAUCUACCUCUUUCAUCCUAAAUGUAGACUGGGUUUUCAUGCGAAAUUGCGUAUUGCGAUACAUAAAUGAAAACGCGAAACGCUCAGCUGAGUCGAUCCUCAAGCUAUAUAUUCACUUUCCUCUGUCUUUUCCUGUUACAUCAUGCAAGUUAAACAAAUCGUUAAAGUGAAAUAAAUUUCUACUCACCAAACGUUGAUUAGAAGGAAAACUCUAAGGUUUCCUCGAAGUUUCUUAAGCCAAAAUGUGACUCAUCGAAUACUGAAUAGUUACGAAAUACCAGGAUUUUUAUCAUUGUGGUAGAUGGUUGCAUCAUCAUAAUUCAUGAGGUUUUCACGUGCAAUUCUACUCAGUGAAACAGUCUUUAACUCCGACAGCAUAUUUUUUCAUGUUUUAAAAGCUAUUGCUUCUCAAAAGACAAGAGCCUUUUUUAAGGCAUUGGUUACAAAACGAAACAGGUCUUCAUACGUCCAAGUUACUAUUUAUCAUUGUGAAAAGCCAAUCUGCAUGAGAUGUACAGUCACACAGCUGACACGUGAAAGUGUUAGACUUUGCCCCCUUUCGUCGUUCGUACGUGAGGAAUUCGAGUUAUCAUUCAGUAAACUAGUAAACAGAUUUAUAAAAAUAACUCACGCACACAAUUUGCACAUGAAGAUGUUGGUCUUUGGCCCUUUUACAAUUCGUACAUAAAAAAAAGUCAAAUUGUUCACUACAAAAUUUUCUCAAACGAUUUUAAGAAAUCACCUCGGCUUCAUUAUAACAUCUGCAAUUAAAGUAUGUUUCAUGCAACGUCAAGGUUGAUAACCUAACAUUAAUUUUAUUAACAGUUGUGAAACAGUCUUUAACUCCGACAACUUAUUUCGUCAUGUUUUAAAAGCCAUUGCUUCUUAAAAGAUGAGAGCCUUUUUUAAGGCAUUGGUUACUAAACGCAACAGGUCUUCAUACGUCCAAGUUACUAUUAUUAUUGUGAAAAGCCAAUCUGCAUGAGAUGUACAGUCACACAGCUGGCACGUGAAAGUGUUGGACUUUGCCCCCUUUCGUGGUUCGUACGUGAGGGAAUUCGAGUUAUCACACAGUAAUCUAGUAAACAGAAUUAUAAAAAUAACUCAUGCACACAAUUUACAUGUGAAGAUGUUGGUCUUUGGCCCUUUCACAAUUCGUACGUAAAAAAGAGGCAAAUUGUUUUACUACAAAAGUUUUCUCAAACGAUUUUAAGAAAUCACCUCGGCUUUAUUACAACAUCUGCAAUUAAAUUAUGUUUCAUGCGACGUCAAGGUUGAUAGCCUAACAUUUAUUAACUUCCAAGAAAAUUUUCAAACUGCUGAAAUAUAUUUCUACUUAUAUCAUGUUGCUCCACUCAAUAUAACAGUAUCUAAUUAUUGUGUCAGUUAGCUUCUUCCAAUUUUAUUCCCUUACGCUACUGUUUCUACUGAAGUUAUGCAUCUUUACUAAAUAGAACGAAAAAGGUCGGUUGAACUUUAUAAGCAAGAGAAUAAUAUUUUUAAAGCUUGUUUACAGGAUUAACAAUACUCGAUACAGCUUUCAAAAAAAUAAGCUGCCUUUUAAACUUCUAAAACCACAUUUUAUAGGGCGCAUACUUUCGAAUUAAAGUCUAUAUCUAAAUAUCAAUUGUUGCUUCAUUGGAAGAGAUUUGACAAUAUAUGAUCUUUUAUACUCUACCCAGUUGUAGCAGGUGAAACAGAACUCAUACUGACAUGCGUUGUACCGAUAGCCGAAUUAGGUCAGAAAUGCCUCGAAGCAGCAUCCACACUUAAAUAUGAACCCUUAAACAGCUGCAUCACUGUUCACAGCGUUUGAAUCAUGAAGAUAUUUUAUGUAAUGCUCCCAAACACCUGUACCUGUAAUAAAAGACGAAAAAAUUGUGAAGGAUCAAGAUGGCGGUCUCAAAGCGCCCUUGUUCGACCUUUACCAAUGCCAUGUUUAAAUAGAUGCCAAGAUCUCAUUGGUUCCUAAGCAUCAACUCAUAGUACCUUCAACCUUAUUGGCUCUUGCAACAAACAUCCGAACAUACAAAGAUACAAAGCCACAAAAAUACAUACGCUCACACUACUGACAUAUGAGCUAUUUUUUCAAAAUAGCUCAAUAACUGAAACCAUGGGAAAUUUCUGCCUAAACAGAACUGCCACUAGAUAAGCAAGUUUGCUAUUUUACCAGAGGAGAAGGCAAACUCUCGCGUUGUCACUAAUAAAAAUCUGCAAUCUUGAGUUCUACACAAGUGUGUUUAUAUUGAAGGGAAAAUCCCUCUAUGUUAAACUUGCAUUGAAAGUAUCAAUUUUGCCUGAUAGUGGCUGCUGGUUAUCGGGCCGAAUCAGUAUACUGCACAACCUACACUAUUAGGGGUCUUCAGUCUUCGGGAGCAGGGACUUCAUAUUUGCUGAACCGUCAAAAUAAUAUUUUAGAUCUAGUGACUUUCCAGAAAGCUAUAGUCUGAAAUGAAACGUCAGCUUUCUCCACCCCCUAACCUUUGUUAUGAUGGGCAAUAGAAAAACAUAUCGCUUUUAAUGGUAGAUAGAGAUAUAUAGUUCUUACAAACAAAUGCAAAGGAUGACCACAAUGCGACAAAUGAAAACAGGAAAUCUUGUGGUAUAAACAGAGAAAAAACAUACAACAUAAGCUUUCAAGCGAAAGGCUUUCUUGUAUAUGGUCCAUAUGAAAACUUUAUUUAAAAACAUAUGCAACCCAGUGAUUUCUUAAUAUUCUCUAAAGCUAAGCAUACCUAACCCUCCCUCCAGAAAACUUUAAAAAAAGGAACAAUAAACGAUUGGCGGUCGUGCAAGCCAAUUUUAACAAAGAUGCUUAUGGCCAUUCAGUUGAUUUUAAACGACGACAAAAAAAUUUCAAAGACACAAAGCCGUAGAUAAAAAUAUACUCUUUCUAGAUUCUGUUUACCUCUUUUCAUUUGAACAAUCAAACUGUGUCUGGGCCGCGUAUUCUCUCUUCCUGUUGCUUGGCCCUAUUUGAUUCAUUUUCAAUGUCUGUGACAUGAGGACGUGGCGACGCUUGAUACAUCUUUUCGAUGCCCUUUCAAACUAUUAUAAUCUUAGUCUUGAAGACAAAUACAUUAAUCAAUUUUGUUUUCUAAUGUGGCCUCGACAUGUACAACAUAGAAAUGGCAAUUCAAAUCCAGUGCAUUUUGAUCGGUUUGAAUACCACUGCAUAAAUAAUUUUUGAAUGCACACCAGGUGAAUCCGCGAUUUCCUCUGCAUGUGCCAAUAUUUGAAGAGGAAAGUAUCCCUGAUAGAAUAACAUCCAGAUAUUCUGAAGUUUAUUAUGCUUUUGCUGUUAAAGGAUUUUGUGCAUUAUUUUUGGCGUUCAAAAUGUCUAGACUAGUCAUGACCUUUAAGACAAGGUCAGACACUGUUUGAUGACUGCACUUUGCAUCUACGUUCUGCAGAGACAAAUCUCACACUAAGUCUUAUCCACCCCUCCCCCAAAUCGUUUGUUUGUAAUCUCCCAGAUGCUGGGAGACACAUGACCAGACCCAACCAGGCUCUCUUGGCGGGUAGGAGAGAGAACCUGGGAGCGAGGUUAGAAAGGGGACUGUUGUCUUCCAUAGUUUUUGGUAAGUUGUGACACAAAGGAGCCCACUGUCCAUAAAAAAAGGGUCUGGAAGACUAGAUAAUAAAUGGUAGGAAUUUUAGAGGCUGGGACGGGGAGGGGUUGGUAAAGUUAUAGUGUACCCAAACAAUCCACAUACACUGCAAAUUGAUAGUGAGUGCAUAUGUUACGUUUCAAAUUCAUCCUUAUUACCUUCUCUUUGACCAGGGUUUCAUUAUAUAAGUUUAUGUUCCGGUUUAAUGUUAUCCCUGGUUUAAAUAUUAUUUUCCUCUGUUUCAAACUCAAGGCGAACAAAAGAAAAAUACAACGUUUAAAAAUUUUACCCAGGAGAUAAAAUUGAACCACAACUUUAUAUACAUCAUUAAAUUCUAAUUAUACCUGUUCCUUUGUUAUGUUGGUAAUUGAGAAAUUAGAACUUUGCAUAUAUGCCUGUGGUUUUUUUUCCGGGUAGUGAAUGUCUUUUUUUUGCUAUUACAUUUUUCUUUAGGGAAGCUAUAAAGUGACAUUUUUUGGACUUUAUGAGCCUUCUCAGCACCAACUUAGGGUAUGUACAUGUAUUUAUUUUGAGCAUUCAGUGACUUUACGUUAAGGGUAAUAGAGUAAUGUAGGAUUGAAAAUUAGAGCUAUGACAUCCUGCAUAUUGUGCAUGUCAUUUUUAUUUUGAACAAAGAAAACCAUGUUCUAAGCCAUUUUCAGUUUGCCCAACGCUUUUAUCUUAACUCCAUUAUUGUGAACAAUUUCAAUUAAGCAUACAGCGUAGACUGGAAAAGGACUAAUUUUCAUAAAUCAACCCACUAAGAAAGAGGUCUGGAGGUGAAAUGAUUUCUCAAACUGUGGCCUAAGUUAGACUUCAUUUAAAUAAUCAAGCCAUUAAUUUUUUAAAGAAUUAGUAAGAACGGUUGAUGUUAUAACCCCAUUUCCUUUUGGUUUAGAUCCUCUUUAUCCAUGACAAAAAAGUGACAGUGGUAGGGGCAUCAGUGAACCAAGAGCGGACCCUGCUUGGUGAGAAUAGAUAUCAAAUUACAUAGAAAAUAAAGAUAACUAGUGACCAGCCUGUAUAUUAACUUUAUAAAAAUUUAUAAAGGCCUCUGUUAUUUAAAAAAAUAAUAAAAAACUUAAAAAAAUAAGAAAAAGAAAAAGAUCUCAAACACUAGGGAAUUUUUGGUGACGUUUUUCUUUAGAAGUAGUUUUAAACUUUUUACUGUGAGAAUCAAAAAACCAUGGACACCUGUUCUGGGAUAUUGUUGUGUUGAAAGGAUAAGGUCAAUCAUGUGUGAGAAAACUAUAUAUGGUAAGUACCAUUGUUAAUUAUUUUCUGAUUGUUUGGCUUGCUCUGUUGUGGCAAUCUUUGUUGUGAUUGGUCACAACACAAUAAAGUUGCGUGAAAUGAUAAUAAUUAUUAUAUUAUUUCAGACAACUUUAUUGUGUUAAAUUCUGAUUUUCACAGUAAACUAUAAAUUGAAUUCGCAAAUCUAAAUCUCAGUGAAUUUGCAGUCAAUUUUUAUAUCUUUAUAUUUUAUAUUAGCGUUCACUGUUACGGAGUGUUACUUUGGAUUGGUGGAUGACCCAUCCAGCCCUGUAAUUCCUGGUUAGUAUUCAUUGUUGUUAAUUUCAUGUAAUUAAUGUCCACAGGACAGCUGAACAGUAGAAAUACAGAAUUAUAUUCUAGUUGUAUGUGACUCAAUAAGUAACUUAUGCAAAAUUUGUAGUUUUUUUUUCUUAGUAACCACUGUAGUAAAAAUAUCUUGUAAGUGCAUGUUUGAAAAAAAAUAAAUGUGCCCCUUUAAUACAGAGCAAUAUGUACUCCUACUUCUGAUUUCUAUCCUUUUCCACUGUCAAUUUGUCAUCUAAAGUACUGAUUGUUCUUUUUUCCAUGUCAUCUCUGCAGCAAUCUACAAGUCGUUUAUAGCAGAAAUUCGACCGCAGAAACGUAUCUACUCAUUGUCCAUUGAAAGACAUACCUUCCAAAGAGUCCAGGUGAUUGUAAUUAAGUAUUACUUUACCCCCUUGCCUACCAGAGCUAAAUACACCCAGCAACUAGCCAGACCUUUCUCAAUGACCGGAGUUCAUUUCUUCAGGCAACUUGAAUGACUGAACUUUUAAACAUCACUCAUUUGCCUACAGGGGCUGUUUGGUAAAGAUUAGCUGUGGCACAAAAUUUAAUUUGGUGUAUUGGUUUAUUUUUUUUGCUAGUUUCUGUAUGGGGAAUACCUUGGUUAUGGAAGUAACUCCAAGAAAGAGUCCCAUAUGCUUUUUUUGCACCACAAUGUAGGUAUGUUGUGCUAAUGUGUAUGUAAGUAUAUAUACAAUGUAAGCUGGCGGUGUUUAUUUUUUUCUAGCCGUGCAAUGCGAUUCUAAAUUAACAAUCAUCCUCUGCUACAACCUAUAUACCUAUUUCAAUAAUGUAUAGGGACUUGUGGGACUUGAUUUCAUUGGGCAGCUGAUUAUCUUAAGUAUUAUAGGACUUAGUGUAUUCUCGUUGCAAUGCAAAACAACAUAAAGAGUCUGUAAGUUUUCCCUAGUUUUAUUGGUCAAAGGCAGGCAUGGAUCCACACCAGUUUCCACCGUUUUACGGAAAUAGGUCAGAUUUUUCAUAAUAGAUAUAAUUCUGAUGAGUAAAAAGCUUUCCAAGUUGCAAGGCGUCAUCUAAGGUGAUUGUAACUGGCCAAUAUAUCCUGUCUGAAUGGCUUGGAAACCCAAGAAAAGGGCACUUCAGGAAGUUAAUCUAAAAAAUUUCAAGGGGGAGCAUACAGCUGUACCCCAGACCCCCCCCCCUCCUCUCCUAGAAGCUUGCGCCUUUGACGCUCAUUUAGGAAAUCGGUCAAUAUUUAUCCUAGAUCCGUGCCUGAAAGAUUGAUUGUCUUUCUAUUUCAGCAAUUGGGUUGUAUCACAUUCCCAUGGCCAGGUCUGGAGAUAGGGGAAUGGUGAGUUUCUGAAGACCUUUAUUCUUACGCAUGUCCAAACAAUGUACAUCUGAUCUUUAAGAAAUAAAUAGUGACGUAGUAUUAAUUUUGAGACAACAAUCAUGCAGUGAGCUGCAGGUGCAAGGCAGGAGAUUACAGUAAUGAGUUAACUAACUGUGUUAGCUUGAUUCAACCUAUUUUUUUCACUGUUUUCUAUUAAGGUUGAUAUAUAAUGGUAACAGGACUGAGUGGAGUCCAAUUCGGUCUGUAAUCAUACGAGUGAUUAACAAAAUCGGACGACGUGUAGCGGGAGUCCGUCCGAUUUGUUUAAUCACCGAAUAGGACGACAUGAAGUUCUGUUGCCAAUUAAUCAUAACUAUAACAUAAUUUGUGAUAUUUUACGCUUUUUUCUAAUCAAAACACGAGAAAUUCUGAGAGUCUCUUUUGCUAGCAGUGAAAAAAUGCCAUUUAAGCGUGCGCAUGCGAUGGUGCGUACUGUCCAAUUAUAGGCGUGACGUGUACUGUCCUAUUACACUAUCCUUUUUUUUUUGUUUAUAAUUUUGUUUUUAUUAUUAUUAUUUUUUUUCUAUUACACCAUCCUAUUUGUGAUGAAAUCAGGACAGUUGAUAGCCAAUCAGAUUUGAGAAUUUUGCUAUGUAUGAUUAAUCAAGAAAUUCUGGUACACUAUUUUGUUAUUUUUAGUUUAUAAAUGGUCAGCCAAGAGUUCAGCAAGUGACGGACAAAUUCUUUUGGGCUCAGUGGGACAGCCAAUAUCAACGCCUUUACUUAGUUUAUCCAGAGUAUAAGGUAUAGUAUGACGAUUUCUUUUUCUGUUGGAAUCAAUCCUUCAGAAAAACAACUUACCAUAAUUAUUCGAAAGUAGGUUGAGUUUGAUCGUCCGGGUGAACGUAGUCCUGAAUAGGACUGUUGUUGUUGACAGUGACUGACGUUUCGACAACCUGUGCGGUAGUCAUCUUCAGAGUCAAAGUGAGUUGUAUCACGUCAGUUGAUGGUAUUAUACUCUGGUCAUUGAUCUGAUUGGUCAAUUACGUCGCGAUGUUAUUGGUCGUCUGUCAGUUGAGCCGUGAUGUUAUUGGCUAUGAAGACUCGUAAUCAGUAAUUGGUGCGUUUCGAUCCGUCUGUUGUCAGAGUUAAACAGUCGUCUAUUGUUAGUCAAAUUGUCAGUUCUCCAAUCGUUCUCUCGUAGUUACUUUUGUUUGAUCUCGUCAAUAAGUCGUUUGUACGGCGCUGGUAACUGUUGGCUACGAUUCAGUGGCGUUUGUUCUAGGUUAAUAAACCAGCUUUCUACAGUAAGACGUUGAUAGUAGUCUGUAGAAUACGAUAUACAUGUCGCAGAGUCCCAGUCAAUUUGAUGUUUCGUCUGUAAAUGGUGCUCAGCAAUGUGAUUGUUCAAUCAAUCAAUCAAUAAACUUUAUUUACCCUCGAAUUUACAGUAUAGCACUCAAGUGCUAAUAUCUUCCAGCCAACUACAUUAAUAAAUAAUUAUAAUAAAAAGUUAAUUCUAUAUAACAAAUAAGAUAACUAACUACCUAGACAACUAACUUGCAAAUUAUCUUGAUGUAGAAAGGUUUGCAGUUCCUGCCCUUUUAAGUAAGUUAUUGUUCCCAGUAGAUAUCAGUCGUCGAAAAGAAGUAAAAUCAGAAAUUGUUGACGUCACCAUUCCUCGUCGCUCGUUUGUGUUCGGUCAGUCGCGUGCUUAGGUUUCUGCCGGUUUCACCAAUGUAAGAAACCUGGCAGUCGCAGCAUUUGAUCUUGUAUAGUGCUCCCUGUCUGUCCUCCGGUUUGUCUUUGUCCUUGACAUUAGUAAGCAGUCGUCGUAAAGUGGUUAUCGGUUUGUGUGCAACACGUAUAUUGUAAGGUUGUAAUAUGCGUGCAAUAGUUUCAGAGGUGCCUCUGAUGUACGGUAUAGUCGCUGUCGUAACAGGGCCAGAGUUGGUCUGAGUGUUGGAAUCAGUGUUACUGUGAGUGUUCCGUCUAACAAAGUCCGUGUUGUAAUUGUUCUUACUAAAAACGUUUUAAGAUAAUCAGUCUCGCCUUGUAGGCUGUCAGGUGAGUCGCAAACUAGUUGCGCUACGUCUCGUCAGAGUCCAGAUAAUAGUAGCCUUGUGAGAGGUCGGAUUGUACGAAGACUGGUCUAGUAAUCGGUCGGUAUGUGCCAUAAUUAUUCAGUUAAGCCGUGCUCUGGACACUUGCUAAAUUUUUGGACCUUCAGAGUGGGUACUUAUUCGAGGUGGGCACUAAAUUACUUGAUUCUCACCAUUUUCUACAAGCAGAAAGUUUAUUUUGCCACAACCUGGUAAGAUGUACCAGUGGAUAAUAUUAACUGAUACUUUUGUUUUGUUAGAACAAGUAUGGUUAUGCUGAACUUGAUGGGGAAGAUGUCACACCUGACCUCAUCUUUACAUCAUAUCAGUUUAACGAGAGAAGAUCUCAUUUCAGAGUGGUAAGCCUUAGAAUGACUGUUGCAACUGUUAUAGCCUAUCUUAUUAUAGGAAAUUAACCCUCCAUGAAAUUAACACGAAUUUCGAAAAUUCGCGUUAAUUUAUGUCGCGCAAAUUUUGGUUAACGUCAGUUUCCGUGACCUUAAUUUCCAUUAUCAGUGGCCGCAAAUUCUCAAUACACUGGUGACAUUCUUCACACGUAAGAAAAAGAAGUAUUUUAUCAAGGUGGAAUUCCACCAGUAACAGUGAAACUGUGAAGAACCCUCCAGGUGGCCAGAUUUCUUCGGCUGACCCCCUUCGGACGUUUAGGGAAAGUACCAUGAACAAAGGUUUCAUUUCGGAUUAUACGUUCAACUUUGUUCGUAUUGUCUCAACAAGUUUUGUUUCUUUUCGAACGUCGUGUUAAUUUCCUUUAUUUUGAAACGUUUCCCUCUCUCUCGCCUUGAUUUUCUGUAUUCAAAAGUCGUUUUCCACCAAAUUCACGGAAAUUUUUAAGUCGCGUUAAUAUCCAAUACCUUAAUUUCUUGGAGCGUUAAUGUCCUAUAACAAGACGCUAUCGGAGCGUCCACUUGGGUGUCGUUGUAUUACGCGUAUGUGAGGAUUCUCUUUGUCAGGCACGUGUGAGUGCCGCAAUGUUGUUAAUUGCUAACGAAGACGUGAAGCCAUAGUGGAUGUUGCUUAGUAUGUGAAUGGCUGGAAUUUUUUCCCGUAAUUCCUAUCGUAAACUGGCUCAAUGAAUAGCAAACGCGCAAGACAACCAAGGAAUGUUAUGGACUGGUAGCAACCUCUCCAUUUUGAGUGGCAAGCAAACGCGCGAGUGAGCUCUCACUUUCUUUCCCCGCACAUUGCUCACGCCUCUCCCCCUCGAGCCACUCGCUGUUAACUUCUCUCGACAUCCCAUAAAUGGAGACUUUGCUCGCGGGCUGUUAAGGUUUUCAUUGCUGUGAGAGAUGGUUCAUCAUGAUCAUAAUGGCUCGGUCAAUUCCAAGCAUACCCAUACCCCUAAAAGCAUUUGUCAAGUGCUGACAUCUCCUUUGGCUCUUGACAUCUGAGGAAGAGCGGACAAAAUUGCUCAAACUCUCGUCUUAGCCAAACUCGUCGAUUCCAAUCUUUUUUGCGAGAUUUGAUAUCUCCAAUUAUCGGAACAAAUCGCUCCGUUUCUAGGUAAGAAAAAACGUCCUUCCAAACUGAAAAGUAUCCCUGCUUCGUCUUGAAAUGUUGAAAAUGCUUCGCCAUGAUUUUGUAUAAUGUUGUAAUAAUGUUUGAUGUUGAGUAAAUAGGUAACUCAGCACAAAGACAACGUCUUUGAGCAAUAUUUUGAAAUCUUAACUUCAUCAUAAAACACAAAAAUUUAUGAUUAAGGGUAGGUUUUGGAAGACCACAUUAAACUAAAUAAUAACAUCAGUGAAAAGGAAACACGUAAAAUGUUUUAGCCUUUUCCUUUGAAAAAGCUGCCAUGUAAAUUGUAGACGUUCUCAAGGACUGAUGUCUGCUCCGGGCAUGAUACAAACACCUUGAUAUUCUAACGAUCAUCUUUCUAACCAAAACCUUUCCGAAACAUCUCAAAGUCUUGCAAGAUUCUUCAAAAACAAUAAUUAUUUUUCCAAAUUUGGUGAAAGCUGUGCCUGAAAAAAUGGGAAAAAAGAUAGAAAACUCAAGAUAUCCAAACACGUAAGGUCGAACUUCAUGGGAAAAAGAGACUGCAAUAUCCUGAGUUUUUGGCUACGUGGAAGUCAGCGGUUUAAGUUGCGUUAUGACUUGGAUUGGUUGCCCACUUCAUUUUUGGCCGUCGGAGCGGCGCGACGGUAAAUUCGUUCCACGUUGCAUGUACACGAUGAAAACAAACCAACAAACAAAAAAACACUUCCGAGCCUUUCCUUACCUCUUUCAGAAUACCACAAAUGAUCGAUUUUUGACUUUUUUGCUUCGAAGCAUGCGAACCAACGCUUGUAGCCAUUGUGGUCAUAUUUAAAUUAAUUAAACCAGAGGUCAAGAUAGCAGCAAACUAAGUAAUUUUCACCACUUGCUCCUUUUAAACAAUUUUGUAUCAGCAAUCAUUUUCAAUUGAACCAAGCGAAUGUUUUUGUCCCUUUUCUUCCAUUUCCCGCUCGAAAGUCACUAGUGCACAAUACUAUAGCUAAUUCAGUUUCACAUGACAAACCACAUUAGGUCACGGUCGCGCAAUCGGCUCAUCCGUCAGCUUAGUGUCUGAUUAGUGGCACUCAAGGGAAAGGGUUCUGAAGGCGCAGACCCCCACCUUAUUAUGGCUAAACUGAGGCCCUCAGGGGCUGGAUUAUUGGGGCCGCCACUUACUUAACGAUCUGAAUCUGCCACUGUAGAGGGAAAAAGGCCGCAAGUCCCUCUAAACAUUUCACUAUAAAGUUUUAAUCGAUAAUAGUUUGGGGAAAUGUUGAGAGAGACUUCAGGCCUUUUCCCUUUGACUCCCAUGGUAAGUUUAAUGUCUCCCUUCUUUGUGUGGUUGAGAGUUCAAACUAGAUUCUGUCAAACGGCUGUCAGUUGUGCAUAGUCUAGAAGUUGACAGAAUUAUUUUAAAAUCUAUAUGGAAAUGCUUAAUUCCUGCGGUAACUAAAUCUCUUGUACUUUCAGCUUAACUUCCCACUUCCUUUUCCUGAUGUGGAUCUUUUCUCUAAGACGAGGUAAAUGUUUGAAUACAUAAAGUAUACAUACAAUGCAUAAGCUAUGAGGAUGUUAGUGGAAAUCAGCUACAUUAUUUUAUCCUUUCAGUUGUUCUUUGCUUUGAGAUUUCUUUUAUGAACCUACUUAAUAAGCUGCUGCUGCUGCAAUGCUCCUUACACCAUUUCCAAUUUGCCACGUACUUGGCCUUUACUAGUGCCAGUCUAGAACAUGAUUUUAUUUCCUUAAUGCAAAUUUUCUAAAUUCUCUCAUAUGUUGUUAAGUGUUUACUGUUUAACACUCUGAAUUAUUUUGCAGUCAUCCAGAGUAUAUUGAUGUUGCUCUUGCCCAGACUGUCUCUGGUAAAUAGCAAUCGUUCAGUUGAUAUCUGUUCGGAACUGAAAUUCUAUUUUCUGUUAGAUUGUUGGGACGUGUGGGAACUAGGCCUUAAGUUAGUGUUCAGGGGCUUGGACCCCCCUUUGGUUUUUUUGACAUGUGUUUUUUCGCUUGUGUUGUGAAUUCUUGUAGUUUGUAUCAUGGUUAUGCUUCGUAAAUACAGCUGAUUUAUGCAAGAAAUCGUUUUAUUCAAUAUCCAUAGCAUUCAUGCUUUUUUUUAAGUGGGGUAGAAUUCCCAUAUUUGCUUCAAAGAGAGUCACAGCGCUUAUCAAACUUUUUCAACAGGCCAGUGCACUUUUUACGACGCGGACCUUUGUUGUUUUUGUUGUGUUAAGGAAGCAAUGAACAGUAUGUGUUUUACAGUCAAACCUCAUUGUACGAUCACCUCUCGUAAGCGACCACUUAUCCAAAACACCCAAAUAUUUUUAGUCAAAGCUUUUUUAGUUAUAACCUCUUGUAAACGACCACGUCUUGUAAGUGACCGCGACCACUUUUAAGGAUGACGGUUUUAAAAUUUUCCAUUUCCCCUUCUAAGCGACAACCUGAUACAGUAGUCUGAUCUUUGUGUUCGCUGUAUACUAUGCUGCUCAGAGUAUGAGAAGGACUUUUAGAAACAACGUGGAUUUAAAUAUAUUGUAAACUAAAAGUGACAUGUAAUACAUUCUCUCAAAAAAGUAGAUAUAUCUGGACUUCUCCUUGUAAAAGACCUCCUGCAUCUCGACUCUCAUAAUCGACCACUUAACUCUUCGCAUUUUAGGUGUUUAGUUGGUUAGAGUCUUGAUUGCAGUGAUGAGGGUUGGCAUCAAGCCUUCUUCACGUACUUAAGGGAAGAUGAAGAAAAAAACAGAGAAGAUUCUGGUAGUUGUAGUUGUAGUAAAUUGGCAUCAUCGUCAAAAUAGCCUAGUAGUUUCUUUGCAAAAAUUCACUGUAUUGAAAUAACAAUUUUCCCAUGUUUUAUUACGUAUCCUCUAACACGGCUUUUUUUUAUGCAGAGAAACAUCUGAAUAUGCAAGUGGUUUCUUUACCUAUCAAAGGUAAUGUAAAUAAGUUGUUCAUAUGUUUAUAAGUUCUUGCCGGUGUAUUAGUCAAUUAAUGGAAGUUAUAACGUAUAACAGUCCCUAUUUGAAAGUACAUAGUACGACUGUUAUGCCGCUGCCUUUCAGUUUGUGAAUCUUGCUUUGUUCGUCUUCUUCUGAUGGUCUUUUUCAAGUAAUCUUUGACCUUAUUAUGUCUUCCUUGUGUUAUAUGGAAUGGUAAUGUUUGGUAUCUUUGUUUUUAAUUACAGGUUCUUUUUAUAUUUGCCUUCAACACCCAGUAUCUGGAGAAACAACUGAAUCACAGGUAUAUAAGAGUUCUAUUGGUUUAUCCGUCCUAAAAGGACCUCUCCUGUUUAAAAGGGCUAUCUCAGGGGUUUCAAUAUUGCUGUUUUAAGUCAAUUCUUUGCUGAAGUCAUUAUCAAUUCAGUGCCUUUACCCCUAAACAAAAUGCUCCUGCAUUUACAAGUAGAGUUAAAAAAAAGAUACAUUUGUAUAUACCAGACAAAUUUCAUCAGGGAGCAAUAACCAUAAUAAUCUUUUUGGUGAUUUCUGGAGGCAAUUGGGAAUUCGAUUGAUGCCUCGUUUUAACUUCUUAAAAAGAUCAUUAACAGAUAGCGCGACAUAACCCCUUAACAUAAGUUUAGAAGAGUGAGGGGUGCAUAUUAUAAUUACAGAGCUCUUCGGGACCAUCAGCAGAGGGGCAUCCCAGUCAGUUGGAAUAUUCUGUCUAUGUUCUGCAUCAUGGUGAGUCAGUCAAGCUUACCUACUGAAAUAAGUUUGGCUCCUCAAUCUUUAUUUUUGUUGUGCUUUACUUUCAUACGCCCCUCCUCAGGCCCCCCUCCCCCAUUACAAAUGAACUGUCCCCAUGAAUACUAUCAGCCAACCCUUCCCUUACCGACGCUAGUUUAAAGGCUUCCGCUUGUUGCAUAAAAAAAUGAGAGAGAACGAGAGCGAACUAAACGAGAAUUUACAUGUACUUUAAUUAAACUAAGUUGAAAAAACUAAAUUUCUGUACAGUUGCUAAAUAGUCUACAUAAAUUAACCUCGAUAGAAUUUAUUUUUUUCCAAAUGUUUACCUUUUUAACUUUGGGUAUAUUUGAAUUUUCCACUGAAGGUUGUUUGAUGCACUGCGUGUUACCUACUGUGACCCUGCCAACCACUGAUCUACAAAAUUAUCGCCUGUUCUUCUCUUCUCUCAGUAAGUUUUCUAACUACUAUAAAGUUCAUUACAAAGCUCGAAAUUUGCGUUUAACGCCUGUUGCUUAUGCUAUGAAAUAGAUAUAUCUGACUGAAUUAAUUGCGAUGUCCAUUUUGGUGGAGUUUGGUACUGUUUCGAGUUUAAAGAAAGGUAACCUGCAUAGCAGCGGUUUUGUUCGGGCGCACGCGCAAACAAGGUUAGUGAGUAGCAAAGCGGCGAGGAGCGCGUGAACGAGCACCCCAAUCUCCUCGCGGCUUCGCUUCUCUCGCCCGCGCUAACUUAGCUAGUUUGCGCAACCAGACAAAACCACCAGCUUCGCAGGCUACACUUUCAAUCAAGAAAACAUAGGCCAGACACUAGCAGGCACAUGGCCUGGUACCUCUGAGCACUGAACGAUGCUUCUUUGGAACACCUUUGCAGGAUUAUUCAGUAAAUUAACUCUUCAUCAUUUUAUUCAUUAGUAACGCGUGUAGAAAAUUCGCCGAAAACGGGAAUAGUCCUUUUUAUCUUCAGCUACUUUAGACCAGCAUUAUUAAUGACUGAAUUUUAACUCACUAGAUGACUAUUUAAUGGUGUUUCUUCCUGGUCGCUUCAUGCACUUGUUGAACUGUAGUCCAGAACGAGAACCUUGCCAUCACAUCAUCUUACAAGGUAAAUCCAACUCUCGGCACUGUUGAUCCUAAAAAGUGACACAUGGUGCUUCAAAAUUUUCUGUCGUGAAAUGUAUGACUUCCUUAUGUUGUUAUUGUGCCUUUUGUGCUAAUUGUCAUCCCACUAUGCCACAGUCGAAAGAUCCAAGUGGAACUAGAGGUCUUAAGACUUCAGUCCUAAGCAUUGAGAAAGUACAUUUUAACAACUUUGAAGCUCAGCUCCUGUUCGUGAAGAAAGUUAUACUGGAAACAUACAGUGGUAGUUGUGUACCAGAAAGCAUGCUUAAGAUGUCAAGGAUCGGCGCAAGGUAUCUUUCCUAUCUUGAAAAUCUGAUCCUCUCUGUGCAGUGGGGGUUUCUUAAUUGAGCGUGUAAGUAUGUGCGGUGUUUACGUUGGGCUACCCUGUAUGGUUGUUAUCGUAGGCAACGCUAUUGGUUAUCUUUUUUUUCUCUGAAUCAGUUGUGUGCGUCCAUUUAGGUGAUGCUGUCCCAAAGCUUUCUUCCACGGACGUUUCCUCAGAUGAGCCGCGGUUGCUAUUGUAUCUUAAUAAAGAAAUUUCUACUUCUUUACAAACAGGUGAAAAAGAAUGGUUUAAAUUUAUUUCUUCUAAACAAGACUAAACUACUUCAUUUAUCGUAUCUUCGUUUCUUACCUUUUCGUUUUUGAUUUUUUUUCUGUUCUUUCUUUGAAUGUAAGGUUUUUUCCUCUUUUUCUUGACCUAUUUUACUUUUUUUUUUUUUACCUAAGGUAAAGUUGUGUCUCUUUUUUUUUAGGGCCUUACAUUUUUGACAGCAUGUCUGGCAAUGCAUACAAGUACAAUUUUGAUAAGGCAGCUCUUGCAGACCUUUUCGCUAGGUAUGUCGCACAGCUACGCAGCUGUGUAAACAUUUACCGCGCUAUGAAUAUAACUGAGAACCCGAGACCGGGCUGGUUUAUCGGAUAGCCCACCUUUUCACAAAAACAUUGACAAUUUUUUUAAAAUGUAAAUAGUGGUAAGGCGAGAUUUCCGACCAGUUGACUGGGCUUUUAUAAGGAGGCCCUUACCUUUUUGAACAAAAAGAUUUAAUCUUUUGGAUAGCACAUGAUUUUUCCACGCGUUUUUGUGGGCUAAGCCCCUUAAAUAUAAGAGCAGAAGUACUAGCUUCACAGUCCUGGUGGUGAUGUUUGACUAUUACAGAAGAUGCCAUUUACUUUUCAUUUAGACGUUCUCAGAGUGUUAUUAGGGAGCUACGUCAACCGCCGGCAGUGGACUUUUUUUGCAUUCUUAGCUUCGCUUUUGCUCAGAUUUUCGGACAAACCGUCUUUAUAAGCGUGAAGACACUUGGCAGUACGAAUUUGCUAGCGUUAAGGACCCCCCCCCCCUGCGUAAUCUCCCUAUUUAUAAAAGGGUGGUGGAGUGAUCUUAGUUGAUUAUUUUUCCAUUAUUUUGUCUGGACAGGACCCAUAUGCCAAGUACACGUUUGGCUAUACUUCAUCUGGCUGUUAUUCACUUAAGAGAUUCUAACUUAAUAAAAAAGGUGAGGUUUCCAGCAAGAAACCCUAUUCACGGGUGACCGCAACAGACAAUCCAUGGGCAAACCAACAAAGAACCUGUUCCCAGGAACCUAACACAAUCCUUUGAAUACUGUUAUUCUCAAUUCAUGCUUGGAUGUGACUUGGUCAAACAUUCUGUGUACAAUCUUCCUUAAUAGGGAGCCUAAUCAACGACGACUACAACGGUAGUGAAAGCGUUAUUAAAAAAAACUUUAUUGCGCCAAUUUGCACCCGCUUAAUUUGUCAAAUGUAGGCGAUUUCUCCUAAAUUUGAAUUCUUCGGGGCCUUUAUCCAGCUUCAAAAAGAGAAAGUAUGUUCACGUCCUCCAUAAAACGUCGAAUUCGGAGAUUUCAUGUCGUAGUCAUGUAGUGGACAAAGAAAUGUACUAAAAAAAGCGUGCACGUGGAGAGCUGUUGUUGCUCAUGAAACCGUCGUCGUCAUUGCUUAAGUUCCCUAAAGCUACGGGGAAACGGAUGUAACAGCUUCCAACAUUGUUGGGCCAACAAUGAUGGGAGUUGUUGCGCCCGUGUCGGCAGUUGUGAGCAAACGGAUGCGACACCUCCCAACAAUGUUGGGACCUGCAGUGAAUCGUGGGAAGGAUACAGCGUAUAAGACUUAGGAGACCAUUUGUAAUGCGCUUGCGUGGCCCUAACAAUGUUGUGUGAGCUGUUGGGUGAACUGGGUUAACGGAUCCAUUGUUGCGCUAUCUUUUGGCGAUCACGGAACAAAAGAAAUGCUGGGAGUUGGCUCAAAAGUUUCACCACAACAACUCCUAACAACAAGCAGCGACAUGCAAAUGGACACAACAUGGAACAUCCAACAAUGUUGCGUCCGUUUGCACGGGGCUUGAUAAUGCUGAAAACAGCCGCAUUAUUGCGUUGGUAAUGAAUGGCAACAGCAGUAAAGAAAAAGUUUAAUAACUGAGUAAUUUACUCUGGCUUUAAGAGCAGCGAUGUUAGUUUGAGAGGAAGGGACCAAAUAUUUUGAGAUUUGUUUCUUCAUUUAGUGAAUUGUUAAAAUGCAGUUUCUGUAAUUUUGUAACUUCCUCAGAUUUUUGAGCACCUAAGCCACGACCCUGCAAGUCCAGAGUGUUUAGACCUUCUGCGAGAAUAUCUUGUGGGUAAGUAGUCACUUUUUGUUUAAUUUCAAUUUAAGACGGAGACCUGACACUUAUGCCCAAGACUGAACGCAGGUUUUUUUUUUUUUAAUACAAGCAUUUCAUGCAUGUGUAUGACUGGGUUAUAUCUUUCUUUUUUAACGUGUUUUUCUUGAGGACACUUUGUGAUCUAUUUUUACACCUCCCUCAUGUAUUCAGUGGGCUCAAGGGAGGAUACCGACGUAAUACAGGUUUAACCCUUUAAACCCUAAUAUCAAAAUUGAGAUUCUCAUUUACUGUCCUUAUACCUUCUCAAUGGAAGUAGUGGGGAGAAUUUGUGGAAAUAUCAGCUACAUUCUUCUUCCCUGAUCAUGUACUCAAUUCUCAUGACCACUCUGUUUUCUGAAGCAUUGAUAUUAUAAGGAGAAAUUUCAUACUGAUCACUCUUAAGGCUUCAAGGGUUAACUUCAUUGUCAUUCGACAGGUUCAACGUAUGGAACUUUUAGAAGAGAACUGGAAAGAGAAGUAAUCACUUUAAUUCCGUUCACCUGUGUUGACACCUACAGAGGCCAUUUGGAAAAGGUGAAAUUUAUACUGCACAAAAACACCAGCUGCAUGUUCUGAGUCCAUGUACAUGCAGGUUCUUUACCAUAAACAAAAAGUUUCCGGAAAAGCCGGGCGGAUUACGACUUUUGGGGUUGUUAAGGGGGUAACGGAACAUCUUAAAAGGUAGUCCUGUUUUACCGGACGGAAUGUUCCAAACGGAAAUUCGAGUUUCAUUUCUUCAAAGCCGUCUUUGAUACCAGUUCCAGGCUUUGGCUUUCGCGGCCGUUUUUUGGCAGAUGGAACUGAUUUGAGCAAAUGGUAAACGCGAUUCCGGGAAGAAAUUUACCACGCCUGAAUUUAGUUUACCAUUUACGCUAACAGUGAACGACCGGAAAACAACCGCAGUUUUUUUUUUUUUUUUCGUUUCCGUUCCUUUUUUUUUUUUUUUAUUUUAUUUUGAGGCGUUAUGUAAUGCAUAAGCUGUGCGGAAGGUGCGUCACGAUCACGUUUUUGAUGCUUAAAAGAAAUUGUUCAAUUCUAAUUGGCUAAAAAGGAGUGUCGUCUAUAGACCGCAAAUUUCACGAGCCUAAAUUUUGUUGGUCUUGGAAAAGUUUACUCGUGUUUAUUUAUUCCAUAUUGCGCUCGAGAUCAUAUGAUUUCCUCUACAAAUUCAAUAUAGAGCAAGCCCUGCCAGAGUGCCACUUGAUUGUUCUUUAUUCACUUUUUUGCAGGAUAUCAACAGAAAAAGAAUUGCCCAAAUUUCCUGCUCGUUUGUAAAAGAUAACCAGAUUGAAUUUCAGGGUGUAAAGGUUUGUAAACAUCUAAUCAGUCUCUUAAUGGAAACCAAUCGACCUUCUGCAACAAGACUUCGAUCCCGCGUUUGUCUCUGACUUUGUGGUUUUGUUCCUCUCUCAGGGCAAAAUGAAACAAGGGGAUUUUUGGACAGCUCUACUUCAAAAUACAAAGCGACUGCCUCCACGGUCAGUUCCACAUCAGUUACGAGCGUAUGGUACACAUUUCUCUAGUCAGAAGAACCUCUUAUUUGUGGGGCCUUGUAAGAGCUGCGUAUAUAGGCGAAUCUUUGUUUACAUUUUUUGCCUCAUUAGCACAUGCCUUGCAUUCUCUUGUCAAGCUUUUAAAACAAACUCUCUGAAUAUCGACAGAGCAUAUAACUUCAGUUAUCUGUGUAAAUUUGAAUCAGAUAUACCGAAUAUUUUCGGAGAAAUUAUCUUUGGAAACUCGGAACUUUGCAAAGAAUGUAUGGGCUUAUUAGGGAGUUUAAGCAGCAACGUUUUUGAGCGAUGCACGUCAACUGGAAGUAAGCGUUUUUCUUUUUAAUAUAUCUUGGCGCUACCAAAUUUGUAUUACAAGUGUCUUUACUCUUGUAGAGACGAUUUGCCCAAGAAUUUGCUCAAAAUCACAGCUCAAGAGUGCAAAAAUGUCACUUCCGGUUGACGUGCGUUGCUCAAAAACGUCGUUGCUGGGUCUCUUUUUUAAAUUUAGGCUGAUUUAGCAACAGAACGGGAACGUCAAUGAUGAUGGGAAAGAGCGUGGAAAGGACUUAAAUCGACUUCCGAUGCCAAAUUUGCCGCUCUACCAUUGGUCAAGCCAGUUGUUUGAUUUGCGCGCGCAGUCGUCAACUGACGUUCCCGUUCCGUCGCUAAAUCAACCUAAUAAACGCUUUUGCAGUUUUUGAGAGCUGCCAUUUGCCUUUUUAUUGCGUACAUAGAGCUGAAAAUUGCACAAACUGUUCAAAUUAACCAACUUUUUAAACUUUUAAUGAAUGCUAAUGAAUUUAACACAAAGGAAAUACAAAAAUUAACUGCAAUAUAUACAACUGUCCACUUAGUGUUUGGGUGAUCACCUCCCACCACCAACUCAGUUGUUCGACCAAGUUAAGUGGUCGCCAUCAUUAAAAACAGAAUCGGAUUGGAAAAAACUUGAACAGAAUGGCUUGUUUUUAAAGGUUCUAAACUGUUCCAGAGCUUAAUAGCUCGAUAGUAAAGGGUUCUUUUUUCGGAGGCUAAUCUGAAAAGAGGGAUGUUCAGUUUUUGGCCACUUCGAGUUGUUUUUGUGCUAACUUGCUCACGAGGUAAGAAUUGGGAAGUAAGAUAUUCAGGGGCGUGACUGGUCAUGCAUCUGAAGGCCAUGAUAGCUUGGCGGUUAUACAGUUGGUCCUUAACAGGCAACCGGUGUAGUCGCUCUAACCUCUGUGCUAGGCCGUGUGAACUAUGUUCUUUUAGGAGAAAACAUGCUAGAUAUUGUUCAAUAUUUACGUUUAGAUAGUUAACCCGGUUUUAACACACCGGUUUCUGCCUUAUGCUACAUUGUCUUGAAUCCUUUAGAUAACGACCUUGUUUGCUUUGUAUGAUUGUAAAUUUCUUAGAAGAAUUUUCUUUAUUUUUCUGUUGAUCGCGGAUUAAGGUUUCAAUUAAAAGUCCCGAAUGCUGAUUUGUUUGAGCAGGAGUCUGAUAGUGACGAGGAGGUGGGUAGAAGUUAGUCUUAUGAUGCUUGUUUUAGUCGUAUCACUUUUGUUUUAGGUAAAUUCUGUGCAGAAGAAGAAGAUGUCAAACAAAUUUCAUCAGGGAGCAUUAAUCAUAAUUUUUUUUAGUGGUUUUUGCAGGCAUGGCAUUAAAACUUGAAAAAGCUGGCUUAACUUUGCCAAGUUUCCAUCCAUGUCCACCCUUGCCAUCUCUAGCAAUAGACGACAUGGAACAGUUUCAAUGCCUAAAUAUGGUCUUAUUUUUGGAAUUCAGUUGAUGUAAAAAACAUUUUAGCAUUUUUUCAGUGGAGCAAAGGUGUCGCAGUGGUGAGAGCGCUCGCCUCCCACCAAUGUGGCCUGGGUUCAAAUCCCGACCUGGAUGCCAUAUGUAGGUUGAGUUUGUUGUUGGUUCUCUCCCUUGCUCCGAGAGGUUUUUCUCCGGGUACUCUGGUUUUCCCCUCUGCUCAAAGACCAACAUUUCCAAAUUCGGAUUCGAUCUGGGACACACUGACGAGUUUAAACGAGUUCUUAAGAACUCCUAAGUGCUUUGUGGGUGAAAAAAAAAAUUAAAAAGAUAGCAAAUAGUAUGAAAUAGCCUCUUUAAAAGAUUAUCAUGAUUAUUAUGAUGAUGACGAUGGCAAUGUUCAUGAUAAUGAUGAUUCUAAUAAAAGUGACAGUGAUAAUUGUAAGAAUAAUGAUAUUGGAAAUUCUGCUUCUUGUUCUUAUCGCAAACGGCAAAGGGUUCCACAAAAGUGGCGCAACACGUUUUAACGCUUGAUUCCGACGCGUAAAACAAUUACCUGUUGGAAAAUUUAUGAAAAAUGGUGAAGAAGAACGAAGAAAAAGAAUGAUUCUAGUGGGUUUUAGAAAGAGCCGGUCGCUGAUGAAAGAUGGAGCCUGUUUUUUCAAUGAUUUCAGUAGACAAUAAGGACCAGUUUGAAACUGUUUCGAAACUUUACUGGGAACCAACUUCGGAAUUUGAUGAAUUAUUCUAGCUGCAACAUUAAUUCCCGUCUAAACCAUUUAACGGCAGUUUGCGUUGUGAAAAUGCAUGCAGAUAAUAUGUUUAUGUUAAUGACGUUAUGAUUUUAAUUGCAGACUGAGGAUGCACCACCGGAGACUAGUCUUGUGCAGUCGCUCUACAGAAGACUUUCUGUUUCCAAGUAAUGGCAUGUUUAUUAAUUCCCUUAUACAUAGUAAACAGCGCGAAUUCCUCCCUUCAAAGUAGCUCGUCGUUUGCUAUUCUCGACAAAAAUAUUCUCUCAUGUUGGAAUCCGCCACUAUGAAAAUCAGAAGGAAACUGGUGCGAGUUAAUUUUCGCAAAGACUUGUGGGACUGUUACAAGGUACAAGACCAAUAGCUGAUUGGCGCGUCCGAAUUAACGAUCCCAGAAACAAUUGCGGGGCAUAUUUCAGCUCCAGUUUCCUCCUCGGUUUUUAAGAUGGCGAAUAGACCUUAUUCAAGACACCCGCCAUCUUUGCACGCGCUUAAGGAAUGAUGGGAGAGCAAUGAUGUCACGUGGUUUCUCAGGGGGCAAACAAAAAAUGAAAUUUGCCAAUGCAAGAAACCUUAAAGUGGUGAAUUAACAGGGUCUUUCCUUCCAUAGGCGGCUUUCUCGUGCGGGAAGUAGCGAGUCUCUUUCCUCUCAUGGAAGCAACAGUAAGUGUUAAUGACUUUUUUGACUCUUUUGCGCAUUUAUGGUAGCUUACUAGCAGUUUUAUUGAAAGUGAGGAAUUAUAUCAACAACUAAGGUUAGGCGGAACGAGAACCUGUAUUGAUGUUUGUUAUCUUCCUUAUAACCAGGAAAUAGAGAUUCCUUCGAUACCACAGAACAACGCAGAUCAGUUUUUGAGAUCAAAAAACAAAAUUUGGUGAGUAUGCCACACAUCUUGUACGUAUGUAAUAUGCAGAGAGUACGAGCAUGUUGACUGGCCUACUUUACUAUCCUGUGAAUACAGCCGAUUCUCAUCGCUCUUCAUCGCUGGGGACGCUUCAAAGCGUGCCUGGCGCCGAGGAGCGCUGAGAGGCGGCUGUAUUCACAGGUUUCUCCUGUACAGCAUACUAUUCAAUCCAUCCUCAACACCUAGAUGGUAGCCCCCGGUCUUGUUGUUCACAAGCAAAUUAACGCUUUCACGGGAUAAGGCUAGGCUUUUAAUUUAUUUAAGGGCUUUUAUUAUCACAGGGCAGGACUGACAAGACUUGGACCCUAGCAGAGAGAGAAUUUUCCGAGACUUCGUUUUCGUUUUACUCUUCCCCGCCCUGAAAAAAAUCACGGUGAAAUGGGAAAUAGUUCAGCAGCAGUCUCUGGGUUGGCGAUUAUUCCAAUCUAACUUCCAAUCUUUUACGACGAGCAGGGCAGCAAUUAAUUUUGAUGAAUUUCAGGGUUUUGGUACACCUUUUUCUUGUCUAUAUUUUGCAGACUAUAGAUCGUCUGGCAUCUCAUUUACAAAACCAUUUACCAAGGGAAGCUAAAGUUAAAAUACAAAAUAUCGCUAUUGAAUACGUCAAGUGCCAGGUGUGUAUACUUAUCAACACAUUCAAGCUAUCCACCUUUAAGCUUCUACUUUAAUCGAAUUUGACUCAGCAAUGGAACAUUUGAGUGUCUGAGAACCCAGGGUUGCUAAGUGCGCCAAUUUCAAGGGAGUCUGGGUCAAGUCACAAAUCCAUACGAGCGGAUGUAAAAUCACGAUAUCUGAUUGGUAGUUCUGCUAGCUUGAUGACUUUAAGCUGGACAGUAGUGUCAAAGAUAUAAUUUCCUAAACAUGUUCAAGCUAUUAAAUUCAAUUGUCUUUAAUUAAUUACUUUUACCCAUUUACGACAGAAUAAUACAACAAUAUGAUGUAAAUACAGAAACUGUGUAGUAAAGAUAAAGUUUUCAAAAAAAAAAUAUUGACAAGAAGCUCAGGGACGAAUAAUUUGGCAGUCAACAUUUUAUUUUCGAUUGUUGUUGUUGUUGUUUUUCGUUCGGUUCCGCCGAAAGUGCCUUUGGCUUGCUAAUGUUUUCAAUUUUUUUUGUACUGCGCAAUUUAUUAAUCGCUCCCUUUUCAUCCUCUACAGACUACUUUCAAUUUUUCUUAUCUCUACAGGCUCGCCAAUCGGAGCAGCUGCUUCGUUUGUUUAACCAAGCUUUGGAGUUCACUGAUAACCCGUUUACUUUGCCUCUGUAAGAUUUGCUUUUAUUUAUUUUUUCAAUCAACGUGUUUUUGUAAAAUUCAACAACCGCAAAAGCCUAGCGUUAAAACAGAAAAACUCUCGAGUGCAAGUUCUUAACAAUAGUGAUCUUAAGAUAGAGGUUUUUCGGUAGUUCCGGCUAACCGCUAACGUCAAGAAGUCACAUGACUAGUACCUUGCCGUCAGGUUUGGGGUGUGGGGUUCACAGUGUGUACGGCGAGACCACGCUCUAGAGGUAAGUGAUUUACCGCAAGGUUUUUUGCGUUCUAAAACAUCACAAUCCCACGUUUGAGAGGUUAUAUUACAUUUUAGAACUCUUUUGCUUACUAAUUAUCGAAUUCUUUUUCAUCUGAACGUAAUCUUGAAGACGAUUUCUCAGCUAAAUAUGGCAGCCCCGAGCAGCAACCCGCGAAUCUUAUGUCCCAAAUAUGGGCAGACGGCUAAUAUAAAACCGCUAACCGCAAACCGUAAACUGCGGUCUAUCGUUUGCGGUAAGAUAGCCAAACCUCGUGCGUAAGGUCUCAAAUAACAUGAAAAAGCCGGAAACCGUUGUACAGGUUAAAAAUGGAAUACCGGUUGAGCUUUGAGUCCCUCACACGUUAAAAGAUCUCCGUUGCUAUGGUGACAUAAGAAUUCGCGCCUUUCCCAGUAAAAAAUGUUGAAGUGAAAUUGCUUGGUAUUUCAUAGGUGUUUUAAUGAACAGAACUUUGCAAAGCAGCUUGGAGACACAAAAUGUUCUCUUCUCGUGUUGAAAAAUAUUUCAACAAUUUAUAUUUUUCAACACUCGAACAGAAACUUUGUAUCUCCGCGCGACCAUGUGAUAUCCCCUGUUUAUCUCAUGUUCUAUUGAGUGGUUUAAAUUCUCCUGGAUAGCUUGUACCCCUGGGUAGUUUGUACGUCUUCUACUUGUAAGCAUCCUUUUUUUUUUUUUUUUUUUUUUCAGCAGACCCUUAAGGACUUUGUUUGUUUGUUUGUUUGCCUUGUUGUUUUUAAUGCAGUCGGUCUUAUUGCAGAUCUAUGCGUGGGACAAUGCGUGAAGUGGUUUAUUUUCAGUUGGUAGAGAGAUAUUGCACAGCGGUCUCUGAGCUCAAUUUUCCUUUUAGUACUGGUAUGUUUCUGAAAAUAAUAGUAAUAAAAAAUCAGUCAUGCAGGUAUUCAAUCUUGUUUUUACUGUUAUUUUCAUCGCGAAUUGUCAGAGAAUGAAUGUCCUUCCUCAAAUAGAAUUGGCUACCAAAUCUCUCGAUCAGUCGAAUAAUUUUAAUGAAAAUGAGUACGAUUAAGUGGUACCUCAUCCACAAGGCGAGGUUUCGGCGUCGACCACAUUACAGAUCGUAUUAAGAACUUUCCUUUAAAGGCGUCCCCGAUUAGUAGGCUACAGCUGUACGUGUAGCCAGCUGGAAGUUUUGACACGUUAAUAAAGUUGCAUGUUCAGCUCAGUUGAGUUCACAACUAAACACUCACGCGGCAUAUGCAAAAAACAACGACAACAACAACAACAAAAAAUAACACUUUACUGGGAUGCAGUAUCAAUGUCGUUGUUUUACAUUGCAAUUUACAGGGUUUCGUUCAAGUAUGACCUGUCUUGGAUUUAGAUGCUUGGAUCGAAGGUAUUAACUAUUUCCCAUCUCCCUAAAUACGUGUAUGCUGGUAGAUCUUAGACUGUGGAUAAUCUUUGAGUAUUUUAAUCGUUCUUUUCAUGCAGAAUGUUUUUGCAGUACGUGGAUAAUGGCGUGUUACAUUUGACGAAGAAAUUUAUUUCUCGUCUUGUUGAAGGUACCUUAAUGUUAGUGUUCUCUUCCGGUUUUAUUUUUCGUUCUGUUGAGGUUUUCAAAUCACCUUGCCAUCUUUUUGUGGCCAUACUCAACAAUCAGACAAUCUCAUCACAAGGGAGGUCACAGCUUAGUAAGCUGUAACCUCCCUUGUGUGAACACUACUGAUCAAGUCACUGUAGAUGAAUGUCCUUUUUAUUAGAGGAAGAUUUCCUUGAAAAGAAGUGCUUUUCUUUCGCAGAGUUUGAUGGUGAAAGGGAGGAAGAAGAUUUUGUCUUUCAAAUCAUUUGUCGCCUGAAACACGUAAGUCAACUCUGUUAAGUGACGAGUAAAGAUACUUAAACAACAUGGGGAAUGUGUACGAACUUGCGGAACAAAGAUUUCUGGAAUCGUUUGGGGCAGGGACAAGGGUUAGUGACGAUUUUUUGAUUGUGUCCAAAGGCAACCAUUAGCCAAUCAUUACUUACACUGUCCAACGAACGAUCCAACACUGAAAUCAUUGCGCCAAAAGCUUUUCCCAAUUCUCCAGCCAAGAAUUUUUUGGACAUAACGAGCUUCUUGUUUUUUCGUGUGGUUUUUCUCACGUGCAGGAUGCCGCCAAAGAUGCCUUACUGCAUUGGGAACACCCAUUCAAAGCCAGGUGAUUUGAUAAUUGUCCCAUUGUGACUUAUCCUGAUAUGAUUACCCGCUAUAAGAAAAAGAAAACAAAUUCAUUACUGUCAUUUAACCGUCAUGACUUCUUUGACAAGCUAACACCUGCGCUUUUCCUAAAAAUAAUUUGCUUUUUUGAUUUUGUUAAAAACGUUUCUUACAGCUGGUCUUUGUUCAGCGAGCCACGGUAAUCUUACGUGUAUUAUACAGCUUAACAGACUGAAAUUAACGUCUAUUUUAACCUUUUUUAGGUUUUUUUAUCAUCAUUGUUUAUAUUCUGAAUAUUUACGGACAUCGUAAUUAGCCGUAGCUUUUUUUUUUUGGUACCUUGAAGUCUAUAUCGAUUUCUUUAUGUUUGUUGUCAGGUAUCUUUCCCAGCGGAUUGUGGAAGACUUGUUGAUGACAGACAGUCCUGGAGGUAUUGUAUUUUUGUGUGUAUGUUUGUAAUAGUUUGUUUGCUAACAAUAUAGUUCAAUGACCACACAUUAGUGUAAUGACCAAAGACCACAAUCGGAAGGACAGCCUCAAGUACAUAAGGUGUUUGAAUAUAAUUGUGCUGCAUUAACUGGUAAAUAAUUAAUGACAUAAAAUCAAGAUAGAGAAAUAUCUCCAGUUCAAUGAUGAAGUUCUUGUGAGCUGUUCACUAGCUUAGUUUUUGAAAACGAACACAGACUGAUAGUAAUGGGAAAAGUUGGAUUUGACUCCAACAAACUGUGGUACCUCAGCUGUCCCUGCGUGCCUGAGUCGACUAACAUCAGCGCAUGCAUUUUCAGUAAUCAAACAAACGUCAUUUUGUACUGAAUGAUCUUUUAAACACCAAAAAAGUAAAAGACUCAAACGCCUUGGAGAAAGUACAACGUAGAGCAUCCCAUAUUGGGCUAGACAUUGUCCUUAAAUGGCCAACACUUAAACAAAGAAGAUUAUUUUCGUCGCUUACCGAGUGUUAUAAGACACUAAACAGACCUAAUGGACUAGAUGCCACAGUAUUUUUUAUGUUUGCACGUGAUUUUCGACCCUCAAGAGCUAAUCACCGUUUUAAACUUAAGUUUGCAUCGGCAACUUUAAAUAGUUUUAAACAUUCUUUUUUUAUACGCGUAAUCGAUAAGUGGAAUUAUCUACCCAAGGAAAUUGCUGAGGCGAAAAAUUUGAACAUUUUUGAGAACGGACUGACAUGUCAUCUUGCAAAUUUUUCUAGUGAACACUAAGUUCUUCAAACGUGUAAUGUAUUAUAUGUUUUAUAUUUAAUAUUUUAAACGAAAUAAAGGGAGAUGUAAAGAAUCAACCACAAGAGGACACAGAAAAAAUCUGAGCCCCAGAUGGGAUUCGAACCCACGUCCCUCCGUGUUCUAGAUCGGAUGCUCUAACCCCUGAGCUACUGAGGACUCGUUGGCGAGCAAGGGUAAUUUUUGUGGGUUAGACUUGCGAACCGCAUCUCGCAGUCACACAGUCCAUCACAAGCAACACAUUAAGGCUUAACUGUAUCACACAGUCACAUUAAUAGCAAGAAAUAUUUUAAACAGUUGUCAAUAAUUAGUGUUCUUAAUUUAUUUUAUUAUCAGGAGAUAAACUAGAAAGGGAUGUCCUCUAUGGAUUUGUGAAUUACAUUAUUAAACAAUCACAUGUCUGAUCGAUGGUUUAUCAACAGGUGCGCGUGAGAAUUUGGAUUACUCAUACAGUAGCGCAAGAGACGCCACUUCUAAUGGGAGACCAGCAAGUUUGUCGAGUAAGUCACCCUCUUUUAAGUAGUGAUAAUAAAGGGUUUCAUGCGUCCUUUUUAUUUUCUGGAACUGGCAGUAACAGUUCAAUUUAAGUUGGCUCCGUUAUUUAAAGAAAUCGAAUUGAUGGCUCGUCUUAACAUAGAGCAAUCCUUUGUCGAAAUUCCAAACCAAUUUCACAGCUGAAUUUCAAAGGACUUUAUGUUACGGCACUCUGCGUCAAAAAUUUCACUGGAAGUUCUUUGGCAUAAUUUUUUUGAUUACAUCAAUAAAAUCUGAUACCAGAAAUUUCUGUCAAAAAUAUCAACAAAAUUCUUGACUAUAUUUCUUUGAAAUUAAGCAUUAAUUGCGAAAGCAAAUAUUUAAUUACCACCACUAAAAUCGAAUUAUUUCUUAUGAUAGUCGUAGUUCUCUGUAAAGUUUCGUAGUAAUUGCUUUAAAACCGAAAAAGUUAUGAGAAAAAGUUUGUUAUAGUUCAAUGCGCCUUUUAAUAACGGAGCCGCCUUAAACAGCAGACAAAUGUUGACGACAGCGUUCAAUGAACGGUUUUACAACACGACAGUACUGAUUCUUCACAUUCACUUGAGUUGUCUCUAGAGUGAAUGCUACCGGUUCAGAGGCGAGAACCACCCCCCUCGUCAGCGUAUAUAAUAAAGAGCACCACUGGAGAUCAUUGAUACUGCAGCACAAGGUUCUAUCCUUAUAGUUUUCUCGAUCUUUCAGUCUCCUCAGAUGGUGAUUCCGAUGUAUUUCGUCCACUUGCCACUCUGAUGUCAGCCCUAAAGAAAGGUGGUAAGUGAAUUGCUCACUCGCUUGUUUUCCCAUGAAGGCAGACUGGCCUAUUCAUACCUGUAUAUAUCUAGAAACAAUCAGACAAAGAAACUUCAAGAUUUGCAUGGAAUUUAUUACCAAUCCUGGCAAGCUAUUUUAAGCGCUUUAUGUUUGCAUCAAGACCUUGGUUCUCCGGUGUAUACCUCAUCAUUUUUAGGUAUCCUGUGUGAGUGUGCACUUACGCGCAGUAUUUUAUGUUUACCAGUUUAAGUUUCUAAGGUAUGGGGCCACGAAAUGUUUUAUUGUUUGGGUUCUAGUGGUUUAUCUUUUUAUUCGAUUCUUAUUUUAAUAAGAAUUGAAUUAAUUAAAAUUCGACUUUGGGCAUCCGGUUAUGAUCUGUUAUGUUUCUGUUUUUUCAGGCCAUUUCUUUGCUACACUUAGAGUUGUCGUCCUAGCUCUUUUCUAAGGGGACUUGUAUUGCAGUUAAUGAGCAAAGUCAGAAAUGACAAAUUUAAACUGGAAAAAUUCCAUGCCAUAAACGUAGGAUUCAUGAGUUUCACUGUAGCUUGUUUAUACUGCCUCAUCUCUCUCGUAAUGUGAACCAUUUAUUGUUAUACUUACAGCAGCGCAGAUUGACAAGCAAUCGGUUGUCUCAAAUGAAGAUCUCGACUACAUAGAGAUGCGUGCUUUGUUGGAAACACAGAGAGAAACUGUUGGCAGCUUAGGAACAAUUCCAUUCUAAAAACAUUUCUUAGCUGGGGAAUGUAAUUGCAACAACACAGAACAACAGGAUAACUGAAGCGAGGAUCCAGCACUUAGGAUGUUACGGCGACUCACGUAGGUGGAGACGUAUGACAUUUCAGACUACGACUUGCUUUGCUUCGAAGGAAUCACUGUGACCACUAUUGUCAUGGACAAGGUUAUCUGUAGUUAACAUUUUAAAGCUCUCAGCGUCCACGUGCGAGGAGACCUCAAUUCUCCUUUGAUAAUUUUUGAUUUCGAAAAGUUUUCCUUUCGUUGUGCGACUGAAUUGGCAGCGAGUUUCUGAUUUCUUGCGUUAAAACAGGGCUAAAAUAAUAGUGUGCUUUAGCUACAAGAACGAGAACGACUACGCGUACGAGAUUUGACU